CGCUUUUGCACGUUUAUGUGUAUAAGGGGGAGCUUCGUAGCGCAUGCUGAAAGCUUCAAUUAUCGAUCCAUAUGCGCCUGAGCUUUCGCGUCCGGCACAUAAGCUUCGCGUACUUCGUCUAGGUGAAAUCGUCUUAUAUACGUGUGGUCGACACAACCGAGCCCAGAUCAGACAGAUAUUCGUUUCAUAUUUAUCGCCGUACUGAGUACACGCAAAGGGAAAAGGAUGCCGCGUCGUAUGGAUAACACCAAAACGAUAUUUGUAUUCUGGUGUGUCUUGAGUACGGCGUUCAGUGUGCCUAGCUCGUCAUUAACGCCGCAAAAAUUAGAGGAGGAACUGUACACGACACGUCGAACACCGAAAGUUCUCAUCGACUUACCUGGCUACAAGUCCAAGUCCAGAACCUCGGCACCUCAGAUUUUGCCGGUUGGGAACUUGAACGAAGCAAAAAGUACUGCUACGAUAACUUCGGAGUCAACGACGACGCACAGAUCAUUUUCCACGGAGCAGCCUCUUUAUCGUUUGGACGGCAGUAAUGGACAAGCUUGUAUUCUUUUGCAAGUAGACGCCCUGAUCACGGUGAAAUACCGAACGAAAACUGGAGAUGACGAUGAGGCGAAUAUUUACGUGCCGACUUAUGCCACUGUGACCGGCAAUUGCGAUAACCAAAAUACGGUGACGAUGUCGCUUAAGUGGGAUGCAUACGUACUAUCAUGGAGCUUCGCAAAGACACCUGGUGGUGAACGAUGGUACGUGGAGAAGAUCGAACUAACAUAUAAUUCUAGCGACCGACACUUUGUGAAUAUCGAUCAACCGAAUAAAACAAUUAGGCUGAGCACUGGACAAAAGCACAGCCCCAUGUUGUUCCCGACACCGGUUGGAAAGUCGUACGCCUGUAACGAAGAGACGGAAGUUCCCCUAACCGAUGGGAAAAAUCAUGCUGUUGUGCUUCUCAGAGACAUGAAACUGCAGCCGUUCAAAUUCAAGAACAACGAGUUUGCCACCGAGUUCUCAUGUACGUCGUUGAGCGCACGCGGAUUUCGAGAUGAAACAGCGCCUGUCGCGGUUGGUUCCACGUUGGCUGCUGCCGUUCUCCUCACCAUCACCGGAUACGCGGCCUAUCGCUACUUCAAGGUGAAGAAAGUCAAGUACGACACCAUGGAGUAAACCACCAUCUCUGGAAACGCUGCCUAAGACGAUGCAACGCUUAGAGAACGACCAGUCUUUUCUACAAGAUGCUCUUCUCUGGUGUCAGUCGUCGCUGACGUCAACGUGACGGACGCCUGUCUUGUGCUCGAUCCUUAUACAACACGAUUGAUACAAGCGUUCCUUCUAGAAUCCCAAGCAACAUUCGCUUGAAACCCUAUGAUAGAACACCGUCAACGUUUCGUUCAUGAUCCGUGAAACCGUUUGUGAUCGUUAGUUUAUACACGAAUAUAAUCGAAUUGUCCUAUUCGAGGUUUUUAGUCGAGAAGAGAAGAGAGUCCCGAUUGUCCAACGCGUGCGUAGACGUGACGCCUCGAAGAAAUUGUUUCGGUUUCUACCUUUAGACCGGUCGCAAACGGCUGCAACUUGAUUAGGACACGCCAAAAGCAAUCAACCGAGUACGUUGUAAGUAUUACGAGACAAACCGUGUUCGCGUCAAAUUCGUGUUCGCAAGCUCUGAUGGUUGUAUCGAUAGAUCUUCGAUUAUCGUACAGUGGCAUUGAUCCACUCUCCUCUGCUGUCGGUAACAAUUUAACAUCGUCCAUCGUAGAACACUCGGAGGAUGAAAGCUUUAUGAGAAACACCACCACUUUCUUCCUGUAACAAAUCUUGUAUACUCGACUAAAGUAUAUCGUGUUUCAUAUUUUUUAUCGAUAGCAAUGUGAGUCGCGAGAAAUAUCGUAUACGUAGUUCGUAGCCUGUAAACGGACUAAUCCUUUUUACGUUCACGAUGCUCUCGUUUGUACGCGUUUGCGCGUGUUUGAGUUGGCGCUGUUUGCUUCCGAUGGUUAGCGAAUUCUCUCUCGCUUCGCUUGUCUUUUUCUUUUUUUUUUAUUAUAAAAUGACGAGUUGCCCAAAAGCGUCCUCGAUCUCCUCGUCGUGGAGAGGAAGCCCUGAAUCGGCAGCUAAGAAUACUCUUUAGACUCGUUAGAGAAACGAAUAGCAUAACAAAAAAACACGAGCACGAUUCCAUCUCGGCGGCGAUACACAGAUCAUUCAGGUUAGUUUAAGCUCUCAUAAUUCCUUCCGUUUCUCAAAUAAUGUACAUAGUAUCAUAUUUAACAACCGUGAGUUGCGUGUCGUGUCCCAAAUAACAAGACUCAAGUACGAUAUCUAUUGUUAACGAUCGAACAAACGCGUUGAUAGAGUCUACGCUGCGCGUGAAUUAAAAAUUACUUCACAAGAAAUAACUGGUUCAAGUGAAACAGCGAUACGAUUUGCAAAUUAUUUGUGGAUCAAGGUGUGGUAUCUACAUUUUAUAUGUGUGACGAUCGCUAGGUUAGAUCGUUUCAUUUUUAUCUUCUAAUUCUCGAUGUAACAUAUCGUGUAAAUACGUUAUAGGACGCGAUCGAGCAAGCUCGCUUUCCCCGUGAGAAACAAACGGCUUUGUCAGCUCGAGGGAGUACGCAACAGAUGAUUACCUGUGUCACUUGUCUUUUUCAGUCUGUUUAUCUCCUUAGCAUUUUCCCUACGCUUUCUGUUUCGUUCGCGAAACGAAACGGUGACGCAUUCCGCGAGCUUUAACGAUCGCGUCGUGUUUUGAACUACCUUUAACAACAUGUCGCGAAUUCGUUACUCUAGAGCCAAUGGAUAGCCCAUUGUCGCAUAAGUGCAUAUCUUGACGCGUAAAUUUGUCCUGAGGAUGGUCGAACGAUGAAGAGCCGACGAAGGAUCGUCGUCGAUCUUCAAUCACGUUGCGAUGAUUUCGCGCAGGUACGAAAGGAGACGAAGCUCGGGGAAAUAACGUACGGAAGAAUGGCCAGAAGUUUAGUAUCUGAUCGUAAUUUUUGAACGAAAGUUGAUGUUCCAACGUCCCCUCUAACAUCCACCGAUAGAGAUUCCUCUAGUGUUGGGAUUUUCAUUCAUGUACUAACCACCUCGUUGGUUGGAGUUGUCCUACCUAAAAUACUGAACUACAGGGAAAUAUAACGUAUCGAGUCAAAAAGAAAAA